AUGGAAUCCAUAGGCUCAAUGAUUGUGGAAUCAGCUUCUUCCAUUAAUAGAAGCUCUCAAUUGCAAUUACCGCCGAUCAGACGAAAUAUGUUUCAUCGAUCAACAUCUCAAAAUGUAACAAAUACAAGUAGCUCAGGACGAAAUUUCAAUUUCAGUAGCGUAACAACGCCGCUUUUUCCUCCAGCUCCUCCCAUAGCUGCUGUACCAAAUAUGGUUGUAAAUGUGCCACCAGAUGAUGGUACCAUGACAGGAUCAACAUCACGAGAUGUCGACUGGCCGAUGGGAUCAGCCACAGAUUUCGUCGACAAUAAGGCUUUAAUAAAUAAUUAA